AGUCAGUCAAAUUAUCUAACACCUUAAAGUGGAUUAUUCUUCACAACAAGUAGCAGUUUUCAGUCAUAACACUAUCUAGUUAUGGGUAUUAUUCGUUUGCCAUCCAUUAUUUCAAGUGUGAAGCAAUUCCACAAACUACACUCUGUUCUUAUGAGGAAUCAAAUUUCAAAUAAUGUACCAAAAGGACAUUUUGCGGUUUACGUAGGAGAAACAGACAACAAGAAGCGAUACGUGGUUCCAAUUGCAUACUUGAAUCAAAUUUCGUUCCAGGAAUUGCUUCAGAAAGCAGAGGAAGAAUUUGGGUUUCAACAUUCAAUGGGGGGUCUCACAAUACCUUGCAAUGAGGAUGCAUUUUUUCAUGUCACUUCUCGAUUGAACACUUGUUUAUGAUAUGAACAAGUGUUCUUUCUUUUAUUUUGAUUAUUUUUUUCCUCUUGUCACGCAAGAGCUGUAAAUUUUAUAUCUUCAAAGUUUCCUCUGGUUAAUAUUGUUCAGAGGAUUGGAAAGCAAAAUAUACAAUCAAUUUUUUUAACAUUCUUCAUUGUCCUCAAACCUUAAACCUCAAUAAA